CUUCAAUGAGACCAAAACGUUCAGCCCGCCCCCUUCUGGACAAACGAGGCACUGCCAUUGAUCAACAGGAUGAAUGGGAGAGAAGGGAGGAGAGUGAGGAAAUGACGUCAGAAGCAUCAUCAGCAUCCAUCUCCAGCAAAAGCAGCGAAUUCACAGCUUUGAUCUCCCGACAGAUCCUGACUCUGAUUCUGGAGCUCUAGAGAUGGAUUUAUAUGGAAAGAUGGCUGCCACUCAGGAUGGGAAACAGGAAACCUCAGAACCGAACUUCGACUACAUGUUUAAGCUGCUGAUAAUUGGGAACAGCAGUGUGGGUAAAACCUCCCUCCUGUUCCGAUUCGCUGACGACGCUUUCACUCCCGCCUUCGUCAGCACCGUCGGCAUCGACUUCAAAAUCAAAACUCUUUACAAAAACAACAAGAGGAUCAAAUUGCAGAUCUGGGACACAGCGGGUCAGGAACGGUACCGGACCAUCACCACCGCGUACUACAGAGGAGCGAUGGGCUUCAUCCUCAUGUACGACAUCACCAACGAGGAGUCCUUCGCCGCUGUGCAGGACUGGUCGACUCAGAUUAAAACAUAUUCGUGGGAAAAUGCUCAGGUGAUUCUGGUGGGAAACAAAUGUGACAUGGAGGAGGAGCGAAUCGUAUCUGUGGACAGCGGACGACUCCUGGCAGAACAACUGGGGUUUGAGUUCUAUGAAACGAGUGCCAAGGACAACAUCAACAUCACGCAGACCUUCCAACGUUUGGUGGAUAUUAUCUGUGAUAAAAUGCCUGACACCCUUGAUUCUGACCCGGCCGGACCCACAGGCUCAGCCACAACCAAACUGACAGACCAGCCAGCGCCGCCCCCGCAGUCCGACUGCAGCUGCUAGCUCCUCCCACAUAGGCUGUGUGAGAGUGUAUAGCUUUAAGUGUGUGUGUGUGUGUGUAAGUGGCUCCCAUGCUGUUGCCAAGCUCCUGUAUUUGAAGAGCCCCACCCACACUGAGUGUCGACUGUUAGGAAAGAUUUUUCCACCUAGAGACUAAACCUAAACCUAAAGCUAAACCUAGACUUACACAGCAGAUAAAAGUUGCCCAAAUUCGAGUUUGUUCACAACAUCUAAUUUAAUGUGAUCUAUAUCCGCCAUUGGUCUGAACAGUUCACAUUCCUAAACUGAUGUUUAUUAAAGAGCAGGACUUCACAUUAAGUUUCAGUUUACCUGCUGUGUGAACGCAGUCGAAGCAGCUGACUGUAGGGUGAGGGGAAGGUGUGCCAAAAUAUCAGCAAGAGAUUAUAUUGUUUGAUUAAAGGCAUUAAAGCACUGGACAGUCCUGAUCUCCUGCAGUGAGAUUAAACUGGUUCCAGAUCUUCUGAACUCUGCAAUAUUCUGAAUGCGUUGUUUUAGAGAAGAAGCCAUGAGCUGAAAUCAGCUGAACUUUAAUCUUGCUUGUCUCAGGGUAAUUCAGUGUGUGUUUGCGUGUCUAUUAGGGGUGUAAUGGUAUAUAAAGGUCUCAGUUCCUUACAACUAUAAGAUCAUUUAAUUUUAGCUAAUCGUUCUGCAAGUUGCUCUAGUGCUGAAUAGUUGUUUUCAGAAUGUGAUGGACACAUUAAAAUGAGAGAGAUAUUUUGGUUAUUGGACACAUCAGACACAUUGUAAUUCUAAUACACUGCUUCCUUUGUAGAGAGUAAAUUUUAGAUACUGCUGAAUAAAGUAUUACCGUUAUACCGCCCAAUCCUCGUCUGAUCUGCCGGGAUUUACUCAGUGUAAAUAAGAAUAUCAGAGAAAGUAGAAGGAGGAGGAGCCUAUACAGUUACCAGAACAACACUAUUAAACCACUACCGUCACACUUCGACCACAUACCGUUACACCCCCAGUGUGUAUUUCUCUCUGUGUAGAAUUAAUAAGCCUUUGUUACUUAAUAAUCCAGUGCUGUAUUGUCUCUGCUUUAUUAUUAUUUGUUUAUUUAUUAUUUAUUAAAAGUAUGCUGUAUGAAUUUUAAAGUUAUGAAACAGGAAUAAAUGUGGCCUUGAAACCUGGAAAA